UCCACCCUCCACAGCGGGGUAAAGAACGCUUUAUCUAUACAGGCAUCGCACAGUAUACUGCCGAGUACUUAUUGACGAUGUGCGCAUACAUGUCUGCCAACUUCCCUGCGCUCGAACCCGGCUGACGCCGUCCACCAUGGCCUCAAACGGUACUACGUAUUACGAACCGUCGAAGGACACCUACGGCACCAGAGCUAUACAUCAACCACUGGAUAUUGUCAUCGUCGGAGGCUCCCUAGGCGGCCUUUGCACGGCACUCGCUCUCAAAUCUCUCCCGCAGCGCCAUCGCAUCACGAUCCUCGAACGGAACCCUACUCCACUCCUCCACAACCAAGGCGCAGGCAUCGUCGCAGGAGGAGACACCCUCAAGUUCUUCAAGCGCUACGAUCGCUGCAAUCGGGACUUCGCUGUUUCUUCACAGCGACGCCAGUACCUGAAUAAGGAUGGAGAAAUUGUGCACAAGGAGGACAUGGUGCAGAACAUGACAAGUUGGGAUCUGGUCUACUACAUGUUGCGCGCCAAUGUCGAUUAUGUCGAGAGCGCCUAUUGUAAAGUUCCUUCGCGACAGCCUGACGAGGCCGAAGUGCAGCAUUUGCAUGAUCACAAAGUCACUGCCCUAGAGGAGUAUCAUGACAAAUUGGUCGUUAAGUACACAACCAAGGAUGACAAGGAAGGGGAAAUGGAAGCAGACUUGGUCAUUGGCGCAGACGGCCCGAGUUCGUCCAUACGAUCACUGUUGCAAUCGGACGUCGAGCGCACUUAUGCCGGCUAUGUUGCCCUUCGUGGUACUGUACGCGAGGACGAAGUAUCACCUAAAACCCUUGAGGCUUUCAAAGACCGCUUCACUUUCUUCCAUGCGCAGGGGAUACAGAUCCUGGCUUAUCUUAUUCCUGGUGAAAACGGGACACUCGAGCCCGGCCAGCGCCUCAUCAAUUUCGUCUACUACACGAACUUCCCUUCGAAAUCACUUGACCAACCUUCGGGAGAGCUGGCGGAGCUGAUGACGGAUGUCGAAGGUGUGAGGCACAGGAUUACGAUGCCCCCGGGUAAGACGGACCCAAAGGCCUGGGAGAAGCAGCGUGUAAUUGCAAGCGAGAGACUGCCGCCGCAGUUUGCGGAGAUCGUAAGAGCGACGAAGAAGCCGUUUGUGCAGGCGGUCACAGACGUCAUCUCCCCGACUAACGAGUUCUUCAACGGCAGAGUUAUUCUGCUGGGAGACGCACUUGCGGGAUUCAGGCCACACACAGUAGCAAGUACCAGCCAAGCUGCGUUUGAUGCCAUGAUCCUAGCAGAUUAUCUUCGAGGGAACAUCGAUCGGAAAGAGUGGAGGAAGCAGACAAUGGGUUACGCGCGGACAAUUCAAAAACGAGGUGUAGAUAUGGGUGAGCGAAGCCAGCACCAGGAGUUGCCGCUCGAAGAACAUAUUCACGAUCGCAACCUGGCGUCGAGGCCAAGAGAACAGGAGGUGUGGCCUGAUUGGGCGAUUGGAGAUGUUUGGUAAGAAUGUUUUCCAAGUACUCUAGAUUCGGGGAAUUGCAAUUUCUGCUCGCUCUACCUGUUCCCCUCCCUCGCGCCUAGAUGUGGACGUAGGUAUUACAGUAUCAGGUCUUGUGGAGUCGAUUUCACGAGAAUGGCGAAGGCCUAAUCUUGCAGACGGUCUCACGAGUAUAGCACUCACUGCAAGUCCUUUCUACCUUCUGGCGAUAAGGCUUGCUGAAUAAAUUCGGUACUUCUGGU